AUGGAAGGCGAUACGUUUCAGCAAUGGAAGAAUCAAUGUCUUAAUAAGAGUGAUUUCAGUAAGAAGGGGAGUGUUGAUGAAGACAUUUCUCAUAUCGUCUCUUUUAUUAACAGCCAUGAGAAAUACUUUACUACAAGCUCCUGUUCCGGAAGAAUUAUGCUUUUUGAUGGGGUUUCAGAUUGCCCUGAUGUGCAAAAACAAAAUUGUUCCUGGUUAUUUGUUACCCACCAUAAGUGUCAACGAGAAGAUGUGGUCACAGGUUUGGCGAAGUCUGUUGGAGAAGCCACAUUUAAAUUUGAGCCAUUUGUACUCCAUGUUCAGUGUAAACACCUCGCAGAUGCACAACUACUGCACAAGGUUGCAAUAGACUCUGGCUUCAGGAAUUCUGGAAUAACUGUGGGAAAGAAAGGAAAGAUAAUCAUGGCAGUGCGCAGCACACAUUGUCUUGAAGUUCCUCUCAGCCACAGGGGUACAGUUCUUGUGAACGAUGAAUACCUUGAUUUCCUUGUUGGAGUAGCUAACCAGAAGAUGGAAGAAAAUCUUAAGAGAAUAGAAAGAUUCGAUGAGUGCUUACUGGCUGCUCUGCAACCUCAAGAAGAGAAAUGUUCUUUACAGGAGGACAUGGACAAGAAACCGGUGUACAGGCGAAGGAGGAAACGGAUACAGGACAGUUCUGAGACAGACUGUAACAGCCAAAGCGUCAAUGAACAAAAUGAGAAUAAUCAGGAAGAAACUGACUGGAAUCUAACGCUGUUAUCAUAGGAAAUCUUCCCUUACAUCGUCUGAUCAUCAUUAUUGUUAUUUUAGCUCCAGAUUUCCUCAACAGUGCACAUUUACACUCGUUACGUUUCAAGUACUAGCCUAUUUAAACAUUUGUAAAUAUUGGCAACAAAAUUUUCUUAAUGAUAACAAAACAAACCGAAAACAGAUAAAUAAAACACAUCUCUGAAAACCUUACACUUCUUGAACAGCUAGCUGCUAUCAUGCAUGCUCUUAGUGAAUCUGCUUCAGUUUAACAUUCCAUAAUAUCAAAAGCUUUUUUUGUGUAGUCCUUACUUUUUUGCCUGUGCAUUAAAUAGUUGUCCAGUGUUGCAUUUCUCUGCAAUGAAGAAAUCAACCAUGUUAUCAUGUCUGACAAUCCAUUUGUCAGGCAUCUUUGCGAAAAUUUUCAUGUGGUUUGAAGCCCAUAUCCUCUGGAUUAGUUGGCAUUACUGUCUGGGCCUGGUCCUGCAACGGCUCAUUUGGGUGACUUGCCUCAUCAACAGUCCUUUCUUUGCCAUGUGGAUCUGCUUCAUUGUGGUUCUGAUUCCUCUUUUUCAUUAAAGACGUUUGUGUCUUAAAUAAAGAUAAGCUAUAAAGCAUA